UCAUCUCCUCACACACACUGCGCCGCGGCACAGUACACAGAGGGGGAGAAGGGGAGAACGCAACCAAAAAAAGAGGAACCAAAAGGAGGGGGCUUCUCUUCUCUUCUCCUCUCCGGGAAGCGAUCAGGGUGUUCGAAGAAAGACAGCCCCAAGAUCGUGCAAUGCAGACUGCAGUACAGACUCGCAAUCUCCGGGAAAACCAGCUAGGAGGAGUGAUCUUUGGUUGCAAGCAUGAAACAAUUGAAGAGUGCUUCAGUAAACAGCUAUUUGGUCUGCCUGCGUUGCAUUAUUCAUAUGUGAGGAAUGUGAAAGCUGGCCUACCUUUGUUUCUAUUCAAUUACACUGACAGAAAGCUGCAUGGUGUUUUUGAGGCUGCUAGUCCUGGCCAGAACUCUAUCGACCCAUAUGCUUGGAGUAAUGAUGGCACUUUACGGACACCUUUUCCUGCACAGGUUCGUAUUUGCACAAGGACUCGCUAUUCGCCACUGCUUGAGGCCCAGUACAAAAAAGUGAUUCAAGAUAACUAUUAUACCCAUCACUACUUCUAUUUUGAGCUGGAUCAUGCACAAACUAGAGCUUUAAUUGCUUUGUUCAAGUCAGUUGGUGUCAAGCAAGUCCAAGCUGUUCCAAGCAAAAGAAGUCUAGAUGUACCUUUACAAUCAACAAGAAGGAUGACAUCAGUUAUUGCUAACCAAGAGAAAGGCACAGCCAAUUCAAAGGACAUCAAUUCAUUUCGCGUUCUGUCAAGUUCUUUACCAUCAACUAAAAGGAUGGCAUCAGUUAAUCCUAACCAAAAGAAAGGCACAGCCAAAUCGAAGGACAUCAAUCCAUUUAGUGUUCUGUCAAGUUCAGCUGGAACUGUUCUAGAUGAUUGGGUUGAUUCUGACGUGGACAGUGGUAGUGCUAGUGCAACAUCAGAUAGCAACACUGGUGAGAAGGCAUCUGGAGAACUAGUUUCUGACUGGGAGGAUUUGGAUGACAAUGUUCUUCAGCAGCAGUUUGGUCUUAGUUCAGAUCCAGAUGAUGUCAGUCAACAUUCCUCAUACAAAACUGUUGCUGAAGGUAUGGAGCUUAUGCAGUGCAAUCAACUGGUUGUCAAUUCUGUGAAUGGAGGAACUCACACUUCUGAUGAAGACAUGCUUGUGAACUCACACGAUGGAAUAGGCAAUGAGGUUCAGAAUGAACCAGAUGAUGUUGGCGUACAGCUUGAAAGAUCGUCUAUCCUGAAAAAACUGAAGGAGUUGUUUGACUUACGACAGCAGGCAGCACUAUCUUCUCAGGAUUUUGCUUAUUCUAGUCCAGAUGCACAUGUACCUCAAGAAACACUGGUUAAUGCAAACCUUUCUGGUCAGGGUGAACAUGUACCUGAAGAAGCACAGGUUACUGCGAACCUUUCUGGUCAGGGUGAAUAUGUACCUGAAGAAACACAUGUCAAGGGAAGCCUUAGCAAAGAUCAAUAUGUUGAUGAAGAAACACAGGUCAAUGUAGGCCUUCCUAGACAAGAUCAUUGUGUACCUGAAGAAGCACAGACCAUUGCAAGCCUUGCUCCAGGUCAUUGCAUAACUGAAGAAACACAGGCCAAUCCUAGCCUUUCGAGCAACCCAGUUUGUGCUACCGUGGAAGAUAAUACAUCUUUUGAGCAACAUGAUGGAAAGGCUGAGCUUCUACGAAUCAUCACUGUCUUAGCCAAGAAGGCUGCUGCACUGGAGAAGAAUCAGAUGAAAUCAGAUGAAGAAAUAAUUUCACUGAAGGAAGUAGUUAAAGACUCCGGAAGAAAAGUUCAGCAACUGGAAUAUCGUAUCGAUGAGUUACAAUUCAAAUUUGACUCCUCAUUGUCUCUUCAAGGAAGCAUGUGCGAUAGCCUGGACAUACCAUCAAUAUUUCUGAUCGGUGGUUAUAAUGGUGUGACCUGGCUAUCAUCUCUUGAUUCUUUUUCUCCAAAAAAAGACAUCCUGGUGCCUCUCACAUCAAUGGGUUCUCCGCGUUCAUAUGCAUCUGUUGCUGCAAUGGAAGGCUGUGUAUUUGUUUUUGGUGGUGGGGAUGGUAGUUCGUGGUAUAACACAGUGGAAUGCUAUAAUACAAGGAGUAACGAGUGGAUGAUAUGCCCCUGUUUGAACCAUGAGAAAGGAUCUCUUGCUGGAGUAAGUCUUAAUGGCAAAAUUUAUGCAAUGGGUGGAGGAGAUGGAACUCAAACUUAUUCAGAAGUUGAGAUGUUUGAUCCUUUUCUUGGAAAGUGGAUAUGCAGCCCGUCCAUGCUGAACUCUCGAUUUGCUCUAGCGGCGGCAGAAUCAAGUGGUGUCAUCUAUGCAUCUGGCGGAUUUGAUGGUAGCAAGUACUUACAGUCAGCAGAAAGGUAUGAUCCAAGGGAAGGUUUCUGGGUUCGGCUUCCAAGCAUGAAUGCAAGGAGAGGAUGCCAUGCUGUAGCUGUCCUGGGAGAAGUCCUAUAUGCUAUCGGAGGUUAUGAUGGAGACAGUAUGGUUUCCAGUGUUGAGAUCUUUGAUCCUCGCCUCAAUACCUGGAAGAUGGGCGAUCCCAUGAGCAACCCAAGAGGAUACGCCUCUGCAGUUACGUUUGAUGAUAACUUGUUCGUCCUCGGCGGUCUGCGGUCCAACGAAGCAAUACUGGACACUGUGGAGGUCUACAAUGUGAGCUCUGGCUGGUCAGUUCCAGGUUUCAGUUCAAUUGGGAAGAGAUCCUUUGCGUCAGCCAUUGUCAUGUGAUCAGGAGUACAGUGCUCAUCUCAGUAUGGGAGGAACAGUAACCCAGUGUUCUCCGGGAAGCAGUUUUAGGGCUCAUCGUCUCACCCCUUCUUUUUUGCGCCCGGGAAGCAGUUUUAGGGCUCAUCGUCUCACCCCUUCUUUUUUGCGCUUCGAUUGUGUACAGCCAACAACUCUGCAUGGUCCAGGGUUUUAGCAAAACUAGUUUAGUUGCACACCUUUAACCAUGCAUUUCAAGGAAUGCACUAACAGCUGAAAUGGUCAAAUCUUAACCCUCCUUUUUGUACCUGAAAUUGCGCAUUUCAUGGAAUGCAAUACUGUUAGAAUGUUCCAGAUGC